AAUUGUGAAAACAAAUGCCUUUCCAUAUCUUUCACAACCCAAAAAACCCAUUAAAGAAAUGACCUUUUCUUUAACUCCCUCAAGGGGGAAAAAAAGUGAAAAAGAAAUGAUUGAACAAAAGGUGUAGGUGAAGCAAAGUAUAGAGUAGAAUUAAUAAGUAUAUAAUAGUAAUAGGGUAAGCCACAAGUUGACAAAUUUAUUGUAGUCAUUGGGUUAUAGGAGAGGACUUUUGUGUUGUUUGUGCUACACAGAAGAAAAAAAAGAUCUAAUUAUCUGGGAUUCUGCGAUCUUCUUCUUCUGGCCCAGCAGAUCUGAAUUUUGCUUCUUAUUGUUUUGUCUGUUGAUGUUUCUUUUUCUGGCUCUUCAAAUGACUUUAAAGAGAUAACACCCACCUAACUAUUUCUCCUUCAUCGUGUUCUGAGUCAUUGGCUUUGUGGGUUUUUUGUGGUCAUUUAUGAGAGAGUGUGUUGAGCUAGUUGAGCUUCUGGAGUUGUUGCAAUUGGGGGGUUGUGGAGGAUACAAAGAUUAUUCACUUCUGGGCUUUCUGUGCUGGCUGCUAGCUAACAUGUAUUACGGUUUGGUCUUGUCACUGAAUUGCUUCUGUACUUGGCAGCAGACCAUUAAAUUUAUGAAGGUUUUGCGGACUGGGAAGAUAUCCAAUGUUCACUAUAGCAGUUCAUUAAGAGAGGGUCUGCAUAGAUUACAACUCAAAGGCUCACAAUCCUGGAUUUAACUCUGAAGUUAGGGUUCGUUUGAUUAUUUUCUUGGGUUAAUCAGAGAAUGGGCACUGAAGUAGAAUCUAAGAUGUAUCUGCCAGAGUGUAACCACUUAAGGGAUGUUAAUGACAGCGCAGGAAGUGGUGGCUGGGCUCUGAAUUAUGAAAACAGAAAUUUGAAAAGUGAUCAGUAUGGCGGCACAUUCUCUUUUAGGCCAUUAACUGAUGAGUAUGUGGGAUAUUACAAGGACCAACUGAGGCAAACGAUAUUGAAGCAUGAGUAUAUCUUCAGGCAUCAGGUCCGUGAACUCCAUCGUCUUUACAAUGUACAGAGAGACAUGAUGAAUGAAAUCAAAAGGAAAGAACUAGAUAAAUUUCUUCUACCAGCAGGAUCAUCGCAUCAGUCAUGUCUUAAGCCGUAUCCGUAUGGUUUCCUGUCUGAAGGUGAUAGAGAUAGGUGGCAAACUCCCAAUUUACCUUUUGAUAGGCCAUCUGCAUCAGAUGGAAAUGGUAUGCAACCUCAUUUUGAUUCCUUGAAAGGGACAACGGUGCAGUUUUGUGGUCCUGAUAAAAGUGGAUUAAGGUUGGGUGACUGUGAAUCUUUACAACCCAAAUAUAAUACACUUCAGAAGAGUUCGUUUGACGUCGAAUUGCCUGCGAAUGAUAUCAUCAGCAAUGAAGAGGUAGGUCAAGGAAUAUCCAGUGCUUCAAGGACUAAAAACUACAAUUUUAACUUGAACUUUGACAUUACUAGUGAGAAAGAUGGAAACUCGCCCAUUCGUUGUGGUUUCUUAUCCGGUUCUGAUGGCGAUGCUUUUAGUUCUAAUGUUCAUCUCAGGAGUACCGAUGGUCUGACCAAUUUGAAUGAAUCCUUCCAGCUUGAAGAGGCAUCUCGCUUUGCUUCUGUUAAUAUUUUAUGCACUAGCACACACCCCAAAGAGUAUAAAGGAAGACAGGAUUUAUCCAUUAGUUCAUAUUCGGGGUUCCAACGUUUGUCUAAUGAGUUUCCUCAAGAUCCUGGUAACGGAAAGGAUAGAAUAACUAGCCGUAGCAAUCUGCAUUCUGAAGCCGAAUACAAACAUAAAGGGUGGCCAGCUUAUAAUUCAGAAGCCGGCCAAAGUAGAAGCAAUAGAAGUUUCUGUCUGGGAAACUCAUCAACAUUAUCGCAAGAUGAACAGCAUAAAGUUCAUGAACAUUUGAAAUUCCCUUUCUCUGAGCAAAAUAGGACAGAACCACACAGAAAGAGGAAACUUUUUGGAGUAGACAUCUCUGACAGAAAUAAUGAUGCCUCUGUUGUGGCCUCCCAGGUGCUUGGCCCUUCUCUGGUUGUCCAAUUUGAUGCUACCAAUUCUGAAUCCUCUCAAGUCUCAUCUCGGAAAAACCUUCCAGCUAGUUAUAACUGGAAUUUGAUAACAGCCCAAGGAAACCCAUACUCACAUGCCUUGCCACAGUUGAGUAAGAGUUCAAAAACAUUGAUGCCUGGUCCUACAGCUGUUGGGGAAAAUUUUCUUGUGGAUAGCAGUUCAGGAUCUGUUCCAGAGUUUAGGUCUGAAGUUUCCUACCAGAAUGACCACUGCAUUGGUUCUCAUUGGGAUUCAAAGAAAGCACGUACUUGUCACCCUUUGGUUGGUUUCAACAAUGCAUGUGGCAUAAGUGACAGCAAUUCUGCUUCUGAAUGUCGCCCGAAAAAUAACUCGGAAGUUUUAGGGUCAAUCAUGGAUGCAAAGUCUGCAGAGGCUAUGUCUGCAAGUGCAGUGCCACCAAAUGUUUAUCAGAUGAAUUUGGAUUUCUUGCAAGACCUUUCUCAGCAGUCUAUCAACAAAACUGAAAUGAGGAAGGAUCCCUCUCGAAGUUCUGUGCAAGAUGCCCUUUCAGCAACACACACCCAUGAUGCUAAUCAUAUGAGAUAUGAAGUUGGUGACUCAAGCAGUAGGAAGAUUCUUGGACUUCCUAUUUACCAAAAGAAUAUGUCACAGGAUUUGUUCUCUAAUAACUCCCCCUCAAAGUCCAGUUUUGUUGCUUCAGCAACGGAUGGUUCUAACUCUAUCAAAGUUGGGUUGCUUGAUACUGAUCUAAAUCGUGAUCCAGAGUCAUCCAAAUCUGAAGGAAGACCAAAAGUUGAAGGUCCGAUGGUAGAGAAGGAACCGGUUAACCGCAGUGCUGGUCUAAAGCAUCAUAUUGAUUUAAAUUUGUGUGCGAGUGAAGACGAGGGUCAACUGACGCCCUCUUGUUUAGGAGCCAAUGUAAAGAUUGCAGAUGAGAGAGAGAUGGAGUCACCAAUAAUCAUGGGAAACAAAGCUUGUGUUGAUCAUGAACUUGAGUCUAUUGAAAGCAGACUUGAGGAAACUUUCAAUUCAUCUGGAGAUGAGUCUAUGGAGCCCCUUGAAGGACUUGUUAAAAUUGCAGCUGAUUCGCUAGUUGCCAUUUCAUCAUCAGAAAUGCCUUAUCAAGGCAACUCCAUCUGUGACCAACUUGAAGCCUCACUGAGCGACUCCCUUCAAUGGUUUGCCGAGAUCAUUACUUCGUAUAAGUGUGAUAUUGAGGAUGAGGUAUCCAUUUCAUUUUUUAAGGAUGUUGUCUCCGAGGAAGAUUCAGUACCUAACGGGCUCGAUCAUUUUGAGUUCAUGACGCUAAAUUUGACUGAAACUAAAGUAGAAGAAUGCACUUACAAGCCUCAGGUGCUGGAGAACUCAGAACAUGAAGAAAAACCAUUACCAAGACGACCUCGUAGAGGUCAAGCAAGGAGAGGAAGACAGCGGAAGGACUUUCAACGAGAAGUUCUUCCUAGCCUCUCCAUUCUUUCAAGGAACGAGGUGAAUGACGAUCUUCAGAUCAUAGAAGGGAUGGUCAGAGCGGCUGGUGGUACUUGGCAGUCAAGUUUGUCGCAGAGAAACACUGCCAAGAGUACCUCGGGAAGAGGAAGGAGACGUAGAGGAGGAGCCACCAACUCUCGAACUGCCACUGCAGCUUGCCCAUCCGAGAACCAGCAACCUAAAUGCAGAGAACCGGGACUCGAGGUGAUAAGCCUUGCAGGAUGGGGAAAGAGGACCAGACGUCUGCCCCGGCAGAGAUGCCCAGAUAGUAACAAUCCUUCAAAUAAGUAGAAGCCUAUAUUAUUUAUUGAAGUUGAAUAUGCCAUCAAAGUUUUCCUAGUUAGGAGAUUGAUGCUGUACAUGCUUUGUUUUAGUAACCUCCAUGGAUCCUUCAAACUGAGUUUAUAGCCUGACUGUGAUACAAACAAAAAGAGUGUUGAGAGGUCCUUGUGUUAGAAUUCUGAGCAUGCUUGCCUAAGCUGUGUUUCAGUUGAUAGAUAGAAUUCUGUAUUUACUUGCUUUGUAGAACUCAUUGUUGCAUAAUGAAAUAGUAUGGCUUUUGUUA